GGUUAGGAGGCUGGCAGCAGGCACUGAGCUCUCUCCCCUCCUCCUCCUCAGGCUGCAGGCGGCGCUGGUGAGGUCACCAGAUAAGGAGGAAGAGGAGGGAGGAGGAGAGAGCUCAGUCUGCAGCCUGCCCUGUACCAGCUCCUGGAACUACGGGGCACCCAGAGCAGAGUGCCGCUGUCCGCUGUCAGAAGAAGCAGACUGGGCUAAUCUGCCAUGACUACAGCAAGGUAUAGGCCAACGUGGGAUUUGGCUUUAGAUCCACUGGUUUCCUGCAAACUUUGUCUUGGAGAAUAUCCUGUGGAACAAAUGACCACAAUAUCACAAUGCCAAUGCAUUUUCUGCACACUGUGUUUGAAACAAUACAUUGAACUUCUUAUCAAGGAAGGUUUAGAAACUGCAAUCAGCUGUCCAGAUGCCGGUUGCCCUAAGAGAGGCCAUUUACAAGAAAAUGAGAUUGAAUGCAUGGUUGCAGCUGAAAUAAUGCAGAGAUAUAAGAAAUUGCAGUUUGAAAAAGAAGUACUUUUGGAUCCGUGUAGGACUUGGUGUCCCUCAUCGUCCUGCCAAGCGGUAUGCAAAUUACAGGAGCAAGGACCACAGAAUCCACAGCUGGUACAGUGCACAUCUUGUGACAUCGAAUUCUGCUCAUCUUGUAAGGCCAAUUGGCACCCAGGACAAGGCUGUCAGGAAAAUAUGCCGAUCACCUUUCUGCCUGGGGAAUCAAGCUCUGCGUUAAAAAUGAUAGAAGUUGACGUACCAAUUAAACGUUGUCCUAAGUGUAAAGUCUACAUAGAACGAGACGAGGGCUGUGCCCAGAUGAUGUGUAAGAACUGCAAGCAUGCCUUCUGCUGGUACUGUCUGGAGUCGCUGGAUGAUGAUUUCCUGCUCAUACAUUAUGAUAAAGGGCCUUGUCGGAACAAAUUAGGUCAUUCCAGGGCUUCAGUCAUAUGGCACAGGACACAGGUGGUUGGGAUAUUUGCAGGAUUCGGCCUUUUGCUCUUAGUAGCGUCACCUUUCCUGUUAUUGGCCACCCCAUUUGUUCUGUGCUGUAAAUGCAAAUGUAGUAAAGGGGACGAUGACCCUUUACCAACUUAACACUAAGUGGAGUCGUGGAUUAAUACUCCUUCCCAGUACACUGUUUAUGGCUGCAUUUUACAGGGGCAUUUUCCUGGCUCAAGCAGCCUUCGGAGACGCUGACUGCGCCAUUGUACUAAAGUCACCUAUUCUUGCUGUGUCUGGAAUUUCUCUAGCGCCGUGAUGUCUACGUUGCCGAAGAGAUAUGAGGAUUCGUGCGCACAAUGUACAGAAGAUCUGCAAAACCCACUUGUGUAAUUGAUGUGUGCUCUGACAUUUAUUUAAAAAGUUGAUGCACAUUUGCCCAUUUUUUUUUUAUAUUUGUAAACUUAUCCUCAUCCAUGUUUUUACUUUAUGCAUUCCGUAUUUCUUACAUACAUGUAUUUUAUUAUUUUUAUUUGAUUUGGGAUAUUUUGCUAUAAAAUGCUGCAUAUUCCUUAAACUGCGUUGAUCUUAAAGGGAAUGUUUUGCUGUUGAUUUAACUGUUUUUGGAAAACAUAUGUUAUGGUACAAAUUGCACUGAGCCUCCAUUUGUUGCGUGCAUCACAGUCGCAGUCUGGAUCUACCAAAUGUUCAUUGCAUUUUUUUACAUGUAUAUUUUUAUUCCAAACAUGCUUAUUUGUACAUUUUCACUUUUUUAUGUGUAUAUUUUGUUGGCCAAACAUUUUGUUAAAUCAACAACACAUUGCAAUGUGUAAAUUGGUAAAUACAGGUUUUUCUAUUUAAUUUGAGGUA